AUGGCGAGCGCUGCACACCACGGCGCCACCGGCAGCGAUGCCAAUGGCGCGCCGAGCAGCUACGCCGCGCAGUUUGAGCUGGCGCCACACUUCAUCGGCGGCAACCAACUGAGCGCCGCAGCCCCGGGCAAGGUCAAGGACUUUGUCGCGGCCAACGACGGCCACACGGUCAUCACCAACGUGCUGAUUGCCAACAACGGCAUUGCGGCCGUCAAGGAGAUCCGCAGCGUGCGCAAGUGGGCGUACGAGACGUUUGGCGACGAGCGCGCCAUCCAGUUCACCGUCAUGGCCACGCCCGAGGACCUGCAGGCCAACGCAGAGUACAUCCGCAUGGCCGACCAGUACGUCGAGGUGCCAGGCGGCACCAACAACAACAACUACGCCAACGUCGAGCUCAUCGUCGACGUGGCCGAGCGCAUGAACGUCCAUGCGGUAUGGGCUGGGUGGGGACACGCCUCGGAGAACCCAAAGCUGCCCGAGUCGCUCGCAGCCAGCCCCAAGAAGAUUGUCUUCAUCGGCCCGCCCGGCUCGGCCAUGCGCUCGCUCGGCGACAAGAUCUCGUCGACCAUUGUCGCCCAGCACGCCCAAGUCCCCUGCAUCCCCUGGUCCGGCACGGGCGUCAACGAGGUCGAGGUCGACAGCCAGGGCAUCGUCACCGUCCGCGAUGAAAUCUACGAAAAGGGCUGCACCAAGUCGUGGCAGGAGGGCCUCGAGGCCGCCCGCAAGAUCGGCUUCCCCGUCAUGGUCAAGGCGUCCGAAGGCGGCGGCGGCAAGGGCAUCCGCAAGGUCGAGCGCGAGGACGAGUUCGAGCAGCUGUACAAGGCCGCCGCCUCGGAGAUCCCCGGCUCGCCCAUCUUCAUCAUGAAGCUCGCCGGCAGCGCCCGCCACCUCGAGGUCCAGCUGCUGGCCGACCAGUACGGCAACAACAUCUCGCUCUUCGGCCGCGACUGCUCCGUCCAGCGCCGCCACCAGAAGAUCAUCGAGGAGGCCCCCGUCACCGUCGCCGGCUCCAAGACGUUCCAGGAGAUGGAAAAGGCCGCCGUCUCCCUGGGCCGCCUCGUCGGCUACGUGUCCGCCGGUACCGUCGAGUACCUGUACUCGCACGCCGACGACAAGUUCUACUUCCUCGAGCUGAACCCGCGUCUGCAGGUCGAGCACCCCACUACCGAGAUGGUCACGGGCGUCAACCUGCCCGCCGCCCAGCUGCAGAUCGCCAUGGGCCUGCCCCUGCACCGCGUGCGCGACAUCCGCCUGCUGUACGGCGCCGACCCCCACACCAGCUCGCCCAUCGACUUUGAGUUCUCCACCGCCGGCAGCGCCCAGAACCAGCGCCGCCCCACCCCCAAGGGCCACUGCACCGCCUGCCGCAUCACCUCCGAGGACCCGGACGAGGGCUUCAAGCCGUCCGGCGGCACCAUCCACGACCUCAACUUCAGGAGUAGCUCCAACGUCUGGGGCUACUUCUCCGUCAGCUCUGCCGGUGGCAUCCACAGCUUCUCCGACUCGCAGUUCGGCCACAUCUUCGCCUACGGUGAGAACCGCCAGGCCUCACGGAAGCACAUGGUCGUGGCCCUCAAGGAGCUGAGCAUCCGCGGUGACUUCCGCACCACCGUCGAGUACCUCAUCAAGCUACUCGAGACCCCUGCCUUCGAGGACAACACCAUCACCACCGGCUGGCUCGACGAGCUCAUCACCAAGAAGCUGACGGCUGAGCGCCCCGACCCCAUGAUCGCCGUCAUCUCCGGCGCCGUUACAAAAGCCCACGUUGCCUCCGAGGCGUGCAUCAGCGAGUACAAGACCAGUCUCGAGAAGGGUCAGGUCCCGUCCAAGGACGUCCUGAAGACCGUGUUUCCAAUCGACUUCAUCUACGAGGGCUUCCGCUACAAGUUCACAGCGACACGGUCCACCCUCGACAGCUUCACCCUCUUCAUCAACGGCUCCAAGGUGUCUGUUGGCCUCCGCGCGCUCGCCGACGGUGGUCUCCUGAUUCUCCUCGGCGGAAAGUCGCACAACGUCUACUGGAAGGAGGAGGUCGGUGCUACCCGCCUCUCCGUCGACGGCAAGACCUGCCUUCUCGAGCAGGAGAACGACCCCACGCAGCUCCGCACACCCUCUCCUGGUAAGCUCGUCAAGUUCACUGUGGAGAACGGCGACCACAUUGCCAAGGGCCAGCCUUUCGCCGAGGUCGAGGUCAUGAAGAUGUACAUGCCUCUGAUCGCUCAAGAGGACGGUAUCGUCAACCUGAUCAAGCAGCCGGGUGCUACUCUUGAGGCUGGUGACAUUCUCGGUGUCCUAGCGCUCGAUGACCCGUCCAAGGUCAAGUCGGCCCAGAACUUCUUAGGCCUUCUUCCCGACAUGGGCAUGCCUCAGGUCAUGGGUAGCAAGCCCCCGCAGAGGGUCGCGUACCUGUCUGGUGUCCUUCAGAACAUUCUCCAGGGUUUCGACAACCAGGUCAUCAUGCAGAGCACCCUCAAGGAGCUCGUCGAGGUCCUCCGCGACCCCGAGCUGCCGUACGGUGAGUGGAACGCCCAAGCUUCUGCGCUCCACGCGCGUAUGCCGCAGAAGCUUGACAUCACGCUCGGCCAGAUCGUCGAGAAGGCUCACAGCCGUCAACUGGAGUUCCCCAGCAAGCAGCUCAGCAAGGCUUUCGACAAGUUCCUGGCUGAGAACGUUGCCAAGGGUGACGCUGAUCUUCUCAAGGCUGGUCUGGCUCCUCUUCUGGACGUCAUCAGCCGCUACUCCGAGGGCCUCAAGGCUCACGAGUACAGCGUUGUGCUCCAGUACCUCGAGCAGUACUGGGCCACCGAGCGCCUCUUCUCUUCCCGCAACUCGCGAGAUGAGGAGGUCAUCCUCAAGCUGCGUGACGAGAACCGCGAUAACAUCGCCAGCGUCGUCCAUACUGUCCUUUCUCACACUCGUGUUAGCGCCAAGAACAACCUUGUCAUUGCUAUUCUCGACCUCUACCGCCCCAACAGGCCCGGUGUCGGCAACAUUGCCAAGUACUUCAAGGACACACUGAAGAAGCUCACUGAGCUCGAGUCGAGGCAAACCGCCAAGGUGUCGCUCAAGGCCCGUGAGGUCCUCAUCCAGUGCGCCAUGCCUUCUCUUGAGGAGCGUACUGCGCAGAUGGAGCACAUCCUGCGCUCCGCCGUCGUCGAGUCGCGCUACGGCGAGAGCGGUUGGGACCACCGUGAGCCCAACUUCGAGGUCAUCAAGGAGGUUGUAGACUCCAGGUACACUGUCUUCGACGUCCUGACCCAAUUCUUCGUUCACCAGGACCCGUGGGUUGCUCUGGCUGCCCUGGAGGUGUACACUCGUCGCGCUUACCGUGCGUACCAGCUCCAGAACAUCAACUACCACAACGAGGGCGAGCAGCAGUGUCUGCUCUCUUGGGACUUUGUGCUCCGCAAGGUUGGCGAGGCAGAGUACGGUCUUGCUGUCGAGCCGUCUGAGCCCGGCACACCAAGCACCCCUGCCUUCGAGCGCCCGCCCCGCAUCCACUCCAUGAGCGAUCUGUCUGCGUGGAACGCUCGCUUCGAAAACGAGCCCUCUAGGAAGGGUGUCGUUGCUCCCGUCGAGUACCUUGACGAUGCGGAUGAGUCUCUCGCCAAGGCUCUUGAGCUGUUCCCCUCUGUCGGCGCCUAUAAGAAGGGCGGCGUCAGUCUGAAGGACGGUUUGUCGCUCAAGCGCACUCCUACCAGCGGCGUCAAUGCGCCCAAGCAGAACACCGACGAGCUUACUGGUGUUUUGAACGUCGCUGUGCGCGACAUUGAGGGUGUCAACGACGAGGAGAUCCUCGAACGCAUUCUGCCCAUUGUCGAGGAGUACAAGGAGGAGCUCCUCGCCCGCCGCAUUCGCCGUCUCACUUUCAUCUGUGGUCACAAGGACGGAACGUACCCCGGCUACUACACUUUCCGCGGACCCAGCUACGAGGAAGACGACAGUAUCCGUCACGUCGAGCCUGCUCUUGCCUUCCAGCUCGAGCUUGGGAGACUGUCCAAGUUCAACAUCAAGCCCGUCUUCACUGAGAACCGCAACAUCCACAUCUACGAGGCUGUUGGCAAGGGCGCUGAGAGUGACAAGCGCUACUUCUUGCGCGCUGUAGUCCGUUCCGGACGUCUUCGGGAAGAGAUUCCCACCGCCGAGUACAUGGUCUCUGAGACUGACAGGUUGAUGACUGACAUUCUGGAUGCUCUCGAGAUCGUCGGCACCUCGCAGGCUGACAUGAACCACAUCUUCAUCAACUUUUCUCACGUCUUCCCGCUCAACCCUACGGAGGUCGAGGAGGCCAUUGGUGGUUUCUUGGAGCGCUUCGGCCGCAGGCUCUGGCGUCUCCGUGUGACUGGUGCUGAGAUCCGCAUUAUCGUCACUGACCCUCAGACCGGCAUUCCCUACCCUCUCCGCGUCAUCAUCACCAACACCUCAGGAUACGUCAUCCAGGUUGAGAUGUACGCGGAGCGCAAGUCUGAGAAGGCGGGCAAGUGGCUCUUCCACAGCAUCGGUGGCACAACCAAGAUUGGCGCGCUCCACCUCCAGCCGGUCACCACCGCUUACCCUACUAAGGGUGCUCUGCAGCCCAAGAGGUACAAAGCUCAUCUCAUGGGAACUCAGUACGUCUACGACUUUCCCGAGCUCUUCCGCCAGGCCACCGAGAACAGCUGGACCGCAGCAAUCGCCAAGCACGCUUACCUGCGUGACAAGCAGCCGCCCAAGGGUGACUGCGUUGAGUACUUCGAGUUGGUGCUCGACGACAACGACAACCUGGCUGAAGUCAACCGCGACCCUGGCAACAACAUCAUUGGCAUGGUUGGUUGGAUCGUCACAGCCAAGACACCCGAGUACCCUCGUGGCCGCCGCUUCAUCAUCAUCGCCAACGACAUCACCUUUAAGAUUGGUUCUUUCGGUCCUCAGGAAGACAAGUUCUUCCACAAGUGCUCUGAGCUCGCACGUAAGCUCGGCAUUCCUCGAAUCUACCUCUCGGCCAACUCUGGUGCCCGUAUUGGUCUAGCCGAGGAGCUGAUCCCUCACUUCUCGGUUGCCUGGAAGGACGCCGACAGGCCCGAGGCUGGCUUCGACUACCUCUACCUCACCCCUGAGAAGUACCAGCACUUUGUUGAUGGCAAGCGCAACGACGUCAUCUGCGAGAAGGUCGAAGAGUCCGGUGAGACACGAUACAAGAUCACCACCAUCAUUGGUCAGGAGGACGGUCUUGGUGUGGAGUCGCUUCGUGGCUCUGGUCUCAUUGCUGGUGAGACUUCGAGGGCUUACGAGGACAUUUUCACCAUCACUUUGGUGACUUGCCGCUCUGUUGGUAUCGGUGCCUACCUCGUCCGUCUUGGUCAACGUGCUAUCCAGAUUGAGGGCCAGCCCAUUAUCCUCACUGGUGCUCAGGCUAUCAACAAGCUGCUGGGUCGCGAAGUCUACACGUCCAACCUCCAGCUCGGUGGCACCCAGAUCAUGUACAGGAACGGUGUUUCCCACAUGACCGCCGAUGACGACUUCGAGGGUGUUUCCAAGAUUGUCAAGUGGAUGUCGUAUGUGCCUGACAAGAAGGGCAGCCCUGUUCCUAUCUCACCUACGGCUGACGACUGGGACCGCGAUGUCACCUACUUCCCGCCCAACAAGGCUGCCUACGACGUCAGGCAUCUCAUUGCUGGAAAGGAAGACGCGGACGGCUUCCUGUCUGGUCUCUUUGAUCGCGGCUCUUUCGAGGAGAGCCUCGGUGGAUGGGCCAAGACUGUUGUUGUUGGUCGUGCGCGUCUCGGUGGCAUUCCUGUGGGUGUCAUUGGUGUGGAGACUCGCUCGGUCGAGAAUGUCACGCCUGCCGAUCCUGCCAACCCCGACUCCAUUGAGCAAGUCACGUCCGAGGCUGGUGGUGUGUGGUACCCCAACUCGGCCUUCAAGACCGCUCAGGCCAUCAAGGAUUUCAACAAUGGUGAGCAGUUGCCUCUGAUGAUCCUCGCCAACUGGCGUGGUUUCUCUGGUGGCCAGCGCGAUAUGUACAACGAGGUCCUCAAGUACGGUUCGUACAUUGUUGACGCUCUCGUCAAGUUCGAGCAGCCCAUCUUCGUCUACAUUCCACCCUACGGCGAACUCCGUGGUGGAUCCUGGGUCGUCGUCGACCCCACCAUCAACCCACAGUACAUGGAGAUGUACGCCGAUGUGGACUCGCGCGGAGGUGUCCUCGAGCCUGAGGGUAUCGUGGGCAUCAAGUACCGCCGUGAACGCCAGCUCGAGACCAUGGCCCGCAACGACCCCACAUACGGCGCCCUGAAGCGCAAGCUGAACGACCCCGCCACAGCCCAGGACCAGUUGCAGUCCAUCAAGGCUGAGAUGACAAAGCGCGAAGAACUGCUGCUGCCCAUCUACGGCCAAAUUGCGAUCCAGUUCGCCGACUUGCACGACCGCUCCGGCCGCAUGGAGGCCAAGGGCGUCAUUCGCCAGGCGUUGCGCUGGCAGAACGCGAGGAGGUUCUUCUACUGGCGUCUCCGCCGCAGAUUGAACGAGGAGUAUAUUCUCAAGAAGCUCGCGUCGGCCGCCUCACCCAGCCAAGAGAACCCCAAGCCCGACGCCGUCACACGCGCAACGAGCAUGGAGAUGCUCAAGGCGUGGAGUCAGGUUCCGCAGUUCGAGAACGACGACAUGAGCGUCGCGACAUGGUACGAGGAGAACCGCAAGACGGUGCACGAGCGCGUCGAGAAGCUUAAGACGGACGGCAUCGCACUGGAGAUUGCCAACCUGAUGCGCAGGGACCGCGAAGGCGGCCUCAAGGGCGUCGUUAGCCUGCUCAGCACCCUGCCUACAGGCGAGAAGGAGGAGGUGCUCAAGAUGCUGAACCGGGCAUAG